AUGGAUUCGUUGCUAAGGCUGGGAGGCCUUAGCUCUUCUAGCUCGUACUUGGCACUGUUGUGUACUGGGCUUGGCUUGUCUCUGGCUGCAGUGUCAUGUGACUCAUGCAUGGGCUCGGAAUCAUCAUCAGAAGUGGGGAAACUGAAGCUAGGGCCGGGAGGCCUUAGCUCUUUGAACUUGAACUCCACUCUCAUAUCAAAUACAACAGCUCAGGUUGGAGUUGCCAUGAUAGGCAUGCGCAUGGGCUUGGGAUCAACGUUGGAUGACAAACUGAUGCUAAGGCCAGGAGGCCUUAGCUCUUUUGGCUUGAGCUUGAUGCACUCUGGCUGGGGUGUCAGAGCUGGCGAUGCUGCCAUGCUAGGCAUCGUGCAAUGGUAG